UUGCGGACCCGUACAGAACAACUAAGUGACACGUUUGUGCUUCUGUAUUUUUCCGAUAGCGACAACUAGCGACAUCAGCACACUUUUGGAAUCAUUGGAGGACUUUAACAACCAAGAAGAUAUCACAGACGAGCUGGAAAGGAUAGAAAAUAAUGAGGAACUGACGACAACUAGUGAAGACCGUGAUGAUACUGAGAAAUAUGGUACAAUGCCUGAGGUGCAGAGAAUGUUGGCAUCGCUGGAUGCUUCAGUGGAAGACGCUCAACAAGAUCAACAGCAAAUUUCUUACGAAGAAGUUGGAUGCUUCAAAGACAACCAAGUCGAUCCCAGACCACUGCCGGAACUGUUAGCGGAUUUAACUGGUGAGGUGGACUGGUAUGAUCCGAGCAAAGUCACUAGAAAAUGCGCUAGACUCGCGAGUGAGAAAGGUUAUACAGUGUUUGGUCUUCAGUCAUUUGGACAUUGUAGAAGUGGUAAAGAUGCUGCAGAAACUUACAACAGCGAUGGAGAUUCAGCCGGCUGUUUCGGUGGCUUGGGAGGCAGAGGAGAGAACCUGGUGUUUAAGAUCAUACCCCAAAGCCCUCAAGUGACUGUGUCCACUAUAGCAGCCACAACUUCUCCGCCUGAACCUACAACAUCACUCCCGAGUACAGAGCCACCAACUAUACCACCAGAGUGUCAAAGUUACGUCACAUUUACGGCAAUCAAUCGAUCUGCAAACAACGACAAGCCGGGGUCACUGUGUGAUGAUAAAUUACCACGAGGCUGGUACAGGUUCGCGGGGCCUGCUGGGAAUAUGAUGCCGACCACAUGUGUCCCGGUGAGACACUGUGGGACUCAUGCUCCAGGAUGGUUUAGCGGACCUCAUCCUGCAGUGCACGAAGGGGCGGUUAGACGUGAUGUAUGUUUUCACUGGAGAAGCUGUUGUUCUUGGCGGAAUUCAGUCCUAGUGCGCAACUGUGGUGCCUUCUAUGUGUAUUACCUUUCUCCAACAGUAACGUGCAACCUUGGCUACUGUGGAAAUGGGCAAGUGCCAACAACUCCGCCUGUUACAAGCUCUGUUACAACAACUGAGCCAGAAACCACAACACCUGCACCAACUACUAAAAUGGUAAAAGGUAAAAUAUACGCUAUAGAAGAUAUUAGACGGUGGCGAGAAGAUAUGAAUUUUAUGUUGGAGUGGCAAGAACUAUAUCUCACUCGUUCACGACAACUAGCGACAUCAGCACACUUUUGGAAUCAUUGGAGGACUUUAACAACCAAGAAGGUGCCUUUCCAAAGCCCAACUGAACAUAUCACAGACGAGCUGGAAAGGAUAGAAAAUAAUGAGGAACUGACGACAACUAGUGAAGACCGUGAUGAUACUGAGAAAUAUGCACAUGAAGCUAACAUGAAGAGGAUUUUAGCAGGUUGUGCUGUUACUAUGGUGAGCAAUUAUGUCAUCAAUGAAGUUACAUGCAGCUACAACUUGUUCACCAAUGAUUAG